GCCUCUAACACGACACGCCUUCUCCGCCUCCCCCUCCCAGCCGCCCCGUCACCAUGCUCAGCGGACCGCCAAGGAUUGUGCCCUUUGUCUUCGUCUUCCUCGCCCUCUGUCUCGUGUGGUGGUAUCUGCACGCCGCCCCCGGCGCAGCCUCGCCAUCAUUGGCAUGGAGGCCCUCGACGCCCGCCCACGCCAAUCGCCCAGCAUCGCUGCGCGGCGAUCCUCUCGACUUUAGCAUUCCCUUGCGCUUCUCCGAGGGCCAGAGCAAGCCGCCAGGCAGCAAUUACACGUACAAGAUUGUCGUGCCCAAGACCAAGGACGAGGACAUCAGCUGGAUCGCCUUUGAGAUUCCCGAUGCCCCGCUGGUUAUUUACGAGGUCGACAACCCCAAUGCCGAGUACAAGGUGCCCAAGAACAAGGGGCGCGAGGCCAUGGUGUACCUCUCCUACAUCAUUGACCACUACGACGACCUCGCCGACACGACCAUCUUCAUGCACGCCCACCGCUGGGCCUGGCACAACAACAUGCUCCUCGGCCUCGACUCGGCGCAGAUGCUCAAACGCCUCAACCACGACCGCGUCGCGCGCCUGGGAUACAUGAACAUCCGCUGCCACCACGAGCCCGGCUGCCCCGACUGGAUACACAUGGAUCGCCCUGGCGGCGACUUUGACUUUUUCCACAAGCCCGAGGAGAUUUACUGGCGGAGGAGCGUGUGGGAGGAGAUCCACCCGGGAGCGCCAAUUCCCCCCUCCUUGUCCGGCACCUGUUGCGCGCAAUUCGCCGUGUCGCGCCAGCGCAUACGCGAAGUGCCCCUCGAGCGCUUUAUCCACUACCGCAAAUGGCUGCUGACCACUGGCAUCGACGACCAGUUCUCGGGGCGCAUCUUUGAGUACAUCUGGCACUACAUCUUCACCGGCCAUGAGAUACUCUGUCCAGCCAUGAACUCGUGCUACUGCGAUGGCUACGGCAUUUGCUUCGGUGGCCUGGCCAAGUUCAACGAAUACUUCAAGAAGCAAGACGAGCGCAAUGAAAAGUUUACAGAGUACGACAAGUACAACAAGAAGAAAGUCAAGGCAGAGCAGGACUCCAACUCACCCCAACUCACCCCAGAGGAGCACAAGAACAUGACCGAUCUCCAAGCUGUGGUUUCCGUCAUGGACAAAGAGCUCGACGAACUGAGAGACGCUGCGAAGAAGAGGGGCGAGGAUCCAAAAGCCAGAAAGGAAGAGACCGAGUCUUGGGAUUCGACGCACAUCUGGGACUAUGCGCCACAGCACAACUAGCCGCGUCCGGGCGCGCAAUGAGACUUGAUAUUGGUUCGCAUGUCCGGGAUGCAAGGCGCAAAAGGCGUUGAUCGAGUUGGCGUUUUCGAAACUGAAUUUGGCUCCGACGGUUUCUCCAUCCCUGAGAGUGGAUGAGCACGGGGUUUAAAAGGUCGUGACGCUAUCAUAGAUACCUGCAUAUGUACACAUUUGUGUCGCUAUUUGACAAUGAUAGAAGGGGUGCUUGCUUUUCUCACCUGUGAGAUCCAUUUGUCCUUGACAUGGACAUUCAUUCUAGUGGUGAGGUAGAGGCGUCUCUACAUUCUGCGGUCCUCGCUACCAAUGUUGUUCUUGCUUACCUACUCGAUGCACAUGUCGCCUGUACACGAUAUGCACGUGCUAGGACCAAGCAACAGGGUCACGUUUCCAAGCAG